UCAUUACAGAUUCGUCCCUCUGCCUGGUUGGUGGUAUCACUUGCUCAUCACAUCGUCCCUCUGCGGAGAGAGAGAGAGAGAGAGAGAGAGAGAGCUGCCUAUCUGGACCUCGGUUAUCGAAUGAUUCGAGCGUGACGUGCAGCGUAUAUAAUACUUGCUGACCGCAAGAGCGAACCUCUGACGUGAGGCGUAUCGUAAUGGCUGCGACUUGAUUGCAGGCGGAAAGGCAUGCGUGUUUGUCACGUUACGUGAGGCAACGCGGAGAGGAGACGCAGGAAUUUGUGCAAGAGGGAGAAAGAGGAUAGGAGAGCGGGAGAAGGCGGGGAUCGGUCGGUCGGUGCGAGCUGGGUGGAACGUGAGUGUGAAACGCGAUUAACGUCCACAAAGUUUUCGUUGUCGUCCAAGUUUCAGCUGCUCGCUCGUUCUCGACGAUUCUCGAGAACGACGGAUAGUCACACACUGUGAGCUUCCGCGCUUGAUACGUACCGCGUACUGCGUUCGUACGCGUGUGCGCGAGUGGGCGAGGCGUGUUUCUCUCGCUUUUGAUCCUCGCGUGCUCUCGAGGAGUCAUCCUCGCCGUCGUCGUCAUCCUCGUCGUUGCGAGCGCUCGCGUGUGCAAGCGUGCGCGCGCGCACGUGUGUGUGGGUGGCUGUGUGUACCUCCGCGCGCGCGCGCGUGUGUGUGUGUGGUGUGUGUGUGUCAAGUCGUGUGCGCGCCGCGCGUGGUGUGCGAUACGCUUCGUAGGUGCGUGCGUGAGAUUGUAAUCGAGGAGGAGAAGGAGGAGCAACAACAGCAGCAGCCGCGGUGGUGCGUCGAUCGUGCGAUCGUCAGCGAUGAGCGACGACAGGAGCGAGGAUGAUCCGAUAAUGGACCUUUGGUACAGCAACUGGGAACAGCAGUGCGUCGAGGCGCUCGAGACCGAGCCCGAUUACGAGAAUCAGCUGCACAAUGAGAAGGAGAUCUACUCGCAGCAGAUGUGGACGAAAUUCCAGACCACCGCGUCGGCCAUCGCCCAGUUAUACAAAGACCGCACGCUGGGCGUUUCGCUGUGGGUGCCCUUUCAGACGGCCGCUGGUACCGUCACAUCAUUGUACAAAGAUUCAGUGGACUGCAUGAGGCGAUGCAGCGAUUUGGGAGUGGAAAUGGGCAAGCAAAAACGUUGUAAAGAAAUAAUGAAUUGGGCUAGGAAAAAAAGACGUAUGAUUCGUAGGGAAGAUCUUCUUGCAUAUCUUGCUGGAAAACCACCUCCACCUCGGUCACAUUCGCACAGAAGUUCACCUAAACCACGUAUGAUGGUGUGUGGUUCCCCGUCGUCACAAAGUCAAACACCGAGUAUGGUUAUUGCUCCUGCGCCAACAACAGGCACUGAUCCAGAUCCUGAAUUGCAUACAUUUAGAGAAGCAUUAUCAGGUUCUCCGGUUUCUCGGCGUGGCGGAAGGCAAGCCGAACUGUCGGCCUUUAUUAGCAACGAAUUGGCUCGGCAUCAUAAACGGCCUGCUUCACAUGACGUAGAUAUGGGAUCACCGACGCACAAACGUAUGCGUACUACACUGUAACGGCGCGCGACGCGUACGAUAGCUUUACUCCCUCGUUAAUUAAUCGACCUGAUUAAUGACUAAUAGCUCAGCUCCCCUACAUAACUCUCGGUUAUGUGUAAUCAUUUGAGAGAAACGGUAGUGGUUCACACUGCCAAAUAAGCACGUUCGUAUGUCUCUGAUAACUUUUAUUGCCGAUCUCAAUUUGAUUUCAUAUGAUGUUCAAAA